AUGGCGUCGAUCGAAAAAGGCCUCUAUGCUAUUCCGCCAGGCUCCCGCAUUCUGGUCACAGGUGCUAAUGGAUUUAUUGGUUCCCAUGUUGUUCAGCAGCUCUUGUCACUUGGAUACGUCGUCAGGGGAACAGUGCGUUCAGAGAAGCCGUGGCUUGACGAACUGUUCAGCUCCAAAUUUGGACCCAACAGCUUCGAGUCGAUUGUUAUCCCAGACUUGAGUGACGUUGACACUUUGAGCAAGGCAAUGGGGGAUGUGAGCGGUGUUAUUCAUGUGGCAUCGGACGUUUCCUUUAGCCCAAAUGCCGAGGAGGUUAUUCCAAAGGUUGUUUCGGCCACCGAGACUAUCUUGGAUGCCGCUGCUAGGCAGGGAGGAUCGAUUCAGAGAGUCGUCCUCACCUCGUCAGCUUCAGCGGCAGCAUUGCCACAGCCAGGGGUGGAAGGGAUCGUGGUCACUGAAGACACGUGGAAUCUAGCAACAGUGAAGGCUGCUUUUGAUGAAACCACACCAGCAGAUGCCAGGCCGUUCACGGUCUACGCUGCGUCCAAGACAGCAGGCGAGCAAGCAGCGUGGAAGUGGGUUAAAAGCAAUAAGCCCGCUUUUGCAUUCAACACCGUCUUGCCCUAUUACACUCUCGGACAAGUCCUUCAUACCGAAAUGCCUGGCUCUACCAUGAAAUGGGCGGCCAACCUGCUGAACGGUGACGCCGCCGCUUUCGGGUUUCCUGGACAAUUCGUCGACGUCGUAGAUCUCGCGCGGGUGCAUGUUUCUGGCCUUCUCCAUCCCGACGUCAAGUCUGAGCGCCUGUUUGCUUUCGCCUCGGCUUUUAUCUGGAACGAAUUCGUCGGCAUUCUGCAGAAACUCCGUCCAGGGAAUGCAGGAAUACCAAGUCCUCCGGAAAAUGAGCUUCGGGACCUAAGCCAUAUCGUUCCUGCCCGGAGAGCGGAGGAGUUGAUCAAGUCGUUUUUUGGGCGGUCUGGUUGGGUUGGGUUAGAGGAGUCGGUCCGCGCUGGAAUCAAUAGUCUAGGGUACUAA